GCUGUUCAUCCGUGCUGAACUGUUCAUGAACAGCCUGCUGAUCAACAGUGAAGGAGAGAAGUCGUGAAAGCAACAGCCAACAGGAGAAAACCUGUGAGUGGGGACGUCAGGAGGACACUGAGAACAUCCGGGUGCGUUGCUUGAUUGUUUGCAUCUGUCUGGCAUCAGUGCAGGUUCCAGCACGCUGCAAUGCCAGCAGAGUAGAUUUGUUCAGUACAAUUGCAUCACAUUGGAACGCACACCACUCACAUCCCACAAGUUGACAGAACUGAUUUGCGAAACUUUGCUAUACUUUAGUUCUGCCUUUGCCAGAGCUUAAUACAGGUUCUUCCACUGAUUUAGAAUGGCUGCGGGAGUUGCGAUGGCCACGGUCGAUGGCUUGCACGACGAUCAUGCUCCUACAGCAAACGUGAAGGCUGGGGAGCAGCGCAUCCUAGAUGGUAUUACUGAGAUGGUUGGGAACACGCCAUUGGUGCGCUUGAAGCGGCUGACGGAGGGCGCCUAUGGCGAAGUGUUGGUCAAGCUGGAGUUCCAGAAUCCUGCGGGAAAGCGUCAAGGAUAGGAUUGCAAAGGGCAUGAUCGAGGAAGCGGAGCAGAAAGGGGAGCUUAUUCCUGGGAAAAGCGUGAUUGUCGAGGGCACGAGCGGGAACACCGGCAUCGGCUUCGCUGCGAUGGCGUGCGCCAAGGGUUACCGGCUGAUCCUCGUGAUGCCAAACUCUGUCAGCCUCGAGCGGCGCUUCAUCAUUCGAUCCUACGGAGCAGAGCUGGUGCUGAUGGACGCCGCGGUAGGCAUCAAGGGCAUCCUGAAGAAGGCACGUGACCUGGCCAACGAGAUCCCGCACGGGUGGUACUGCGACCAGUUCGACAACCAUGCGAACCAACGGACUCACUAUCACACCACGGGCCCCGAGAUCUGGCGCGACACCGCCGGCAAGGUUGAUUUCUUCGUGGCGGCUGUGGGAACGGGGGGAACGAUCACGGGCGCCGGGCGGUACCUCAAGGAGCAGAACCCCGCCAUCAAGGUUGUGGCGGUGGAGCCUUCAGCCAGCCCGGUGCUGAGCGGCGGCAAGCCGGGGCCGCACAAGAUUCAGGGGAUGGGCGCGGGGAUCCUCUCGCAGAACAUGGACCAGCCGUUGUUCGACGAGAUUAUCCAGGUUGCUGACAGCGACGUUUUCGACAUGGCCCGCGCCUUGGCUUCAAAAGAGGCGCUCCUGUCAGGGAUCUCGGCGGGCGCCAACGUGCUUGCGGCGCUCCAGAUCGCGCGGCGGCCCGAGAACAAGGGCAAGCUCAUAGUGACUGUCAUCCCUAGCGGGGGCGAACGCUACAUCUCCACUGGGCUCUACGACCAUCUCCGCGACGAAUGCACAAACAUGCCGCUCACUCCCCUGGAGUGACCGUUGGCGAAUGAAAGAAUGUACGCCAAGGGCGUACGAUUUUGUACGAGGGCGUUCUCGAUCGGGUUGUAGGAUCAGACAAAUUGUUUGAACUAUUCGUUGAUCAGUGAGCACAAAAAAGCCCUCUUUGGUACUAAGCUUGGCGGGAGUCUGCUUCAGGGUACACUUAGUCUUGCGGAUUGUCAAAUGACGGUUGGUGCGAAAUUUACGAGACAAGCAGGGAAAACCAGAGUCGGGUUCGCUGUCGUUAUUGCAUUAUACCUCCAGAGAUAGCUAGAACAAGCGGCGGACUUCAGAUCUAGUAAGCAACUUGAAGGGCGCUGCGCUACUGCAAACAAUAUGCUUUCCUAAAGUAGCACUGCCUCAUGCUAGAAAGAGCUUACUUGCACUACAUAUGAGCGGCAGCUCGCUUGAGGACGAAGUCGGGGUCGUGUGUCUAAUUAACGACCGUCGCCACGUUGAACUUGCA